AUGCUCAAGACAUACCCAACAACCUUUUUGCUGCCAAAGCGAAUAAAGCUCGCCUCUCUGGCUGCACGUUGUGAUCCCGACAGUACUCCCUCGCAGACCAACCACAACAGUACCCUCUCGACCGACGCCUCUUUCUCCCCGCAAGAAGACCCUCGACAGCCGAUUCUCCUCGCACGCCACCGGACAAUGUCGCAGGCGAAUACCGACAGCGCGCCGCGCCCCCAGCGCAUGACGGGGGCUUAUUUUCCUCUCGGCUACAAAGAGGCUGCACAACAAUGGUGGACGAGCGUAUCCUCCCGACAGGCCGAGCGCAAUGUUCUCUCCUACGUUCCAUUCCUCCGAGAAGCGACGGGGGAAACCGUCGGUUCGCAAUUACAAGAACUUGCGAAGAGCGACCCUUUCGGCCAGAGGGUAUGGCGGAGCUCGAUGGUGCAAUUGUCCGGCAAAAACCGCGCCCUAAAUGAGUUGUCGAUUGAGCGCGUGGGCGAGAGCGCCGAUGACACCUUGGUUAUGGUUCACGGCUACGGUGCCGGCCUAGGCUUCUUCUACAAGAACUUCGAACCGUUAAGUCGCGCACAAGGCUGGAAGCUAUACGCGUUAGACAUGCUGGGCAUGGGCAAUUCCGCGCGGCCAACCUUCAAAAUCCAGGCCAAGGAGCCCAAGGAGAAAAUUGCCGAGGCGGAAGGCUGGUUUAUCGACGCAUUGGAAGAAUGGCGCAAGGUCAGGAAGAUCGAGAAAUUUACCUUGCUCGGCCACUCACUCGGCGGCUACCUUGCUGUCUCCUACGCCCUCAAAUACCCCGGCAGACUCAACAAGCUCAUCCUCGCCUCGCCGGUCGGCAUCCCCGAAGACCCCUGGGCCGUCAAUGCCGCCAUGCCCGAACCCGGAGAGUCUACCAUGGCGGCGGAGUUCACCCAGGACCAAGAGGGCAUCGUUAACGGCGAGCCCGCCGGCGACAACGCCGCUUUCGUUCGCGCUCCGGCAGCCGACAAGAAAGCUGCCGCCUCCAACCCCAGCACCUCCACCACCCCUCCGAAACGCCCCAUCCCCAGCUGGCUCGUCUGGCUCUGGGACGCCAACGUGUCCCCCUUCAGCAUCGUGCGCAUGGCCGGCCCGCUCGGCCCGCGCUUCGUAUCAGGCUGGACAUCGCGGCGUUUCAACCACUUGCCAGCGGACGAGAAGGAGGCCCUCCACACCUACUCCUACUCCCUCUUCCGCCAAAAGGGCAGCGGCGAGUACGUACUGCCAUACCUGCUCGCGCCAGGCGCGUACGCGCGCAGCCCCGUCAUCAACCGCAUCCAGGACGUCGGGCGGCAGGAGGUGCGCCCGGCCACCGACACGGCCCCGGCGCUCCGCGAAGCCGGCCUGCCCAUCGUCUUCAUGUACGGCGAGAACGACUGGAUGGACGUUGCGGGCGGGUACGCGGCCGAGGAGAAGCUCAAGCAGCGCGCCGUCAAGGCCCUGCUGCACGGCACCGACGACGAGAAGCGCCGCGAGAACGGCAGCGCGAAAGUCCUCGUCGUCCGCAACGCCGGCCAUCAUCUCUACCUCGAUAACCCGGACGAGUUUAAUGAGAUGGUUAUGAAGGAGAUGGAAGAGACGAGGCAGCGGCGGUUGGCUGGGGGGGAAUAG